UGAGCACAGAACUAACCUACCUAGCUUCCCCUUCCGCUCCCCAGCCAUCCCGGCGCCGCCGGAUCACCUCCGGCGAUUCGCCUUCUUCCUCUCCCGGCUCCCGCGCUCCGUGCAAGCUCGGCCGCCCUGAUCUAGUGGAUACACAGCUUCACCAGUCGCCUUCCAUGGCGGGCGAGGACGACGGCGAGAUUACCCGCCUCCUCCGCCGCCGCCUCCCCAGCUCAGCGGGGCCGCUGGACGACGACGAUAUCAUGGCCGAGAUCCUUCUCCGCCUCCCUCCGCGGCCGUCCUCCCUCCUGCGCUCCUCGCUCGUCUGCACGCGGUGGCGCCGCCUCGUCUCGGACCCCCGUUUCCUCCGCCGCUUCCGCGCCCACCACCGGGCACCCCCACUCCUCGGCUUUUUCUCCCGCUCUCCCCUCAGAGGCGUCAUCAGGUUCACCCCCGCGUUGGAUUCGCCGGACCACGUCCCCGCCGCGCGCUUCUGCCUGCGUCUCGACGAACCCGACGACUGGGAGAUCCUCAGCUGCCGCCACGGCCGCGUGCUCGUCGUCAACCGGGAGCAGCUCCAGGUCCUUUUGUGGGCUCCCGUCACUGGCGACCAGCGCUGCGUGGCCUUUCCCCCGGCGUUCGGCGGCGAGGAGAAGAAGUUCGUAAGGAACGGAGUGGUCAGCUGCGCCGCUGGCGAGGAAGGCCACGUUCACGGGAGUUGCCACUCGAACCCCUUCCAGGUGAUCUUGCUGGGCUGCAGCAGGAAGGGUUUUUUCGCCUGCGUUUACUCAUCGGAGACCGGCGCAUGGGGCAAUCUCAUCUCGUUAAUCUCGUAUCAGCUCCCGGACCACCCCUUUUGUUGUUCCAGCACCGUGGUUGGGAAUUCCAUUUACUCGUUGCUUACUGAGCCAACUUUAGCCAUCCUUGAGUUUGAUUUCAAUAGGCAAAGCCUAGUUGCCAUAGAAGUGCCGUCGGAUGCGAUUGACCUUGACCUGUUUGCCCACGGUGGGUGCCAAUUCUUGAUCGCGCCUGCAGACGGUGGUGGGUUCAGCUUCGUUGUUCUAUCAGGCUUCAACGCCCGGUUAUGGAAGAGGAGGGCCAAUAGUGAUGGUUUUGCUGGAUGGGUGCUUAAGGAUACUAUUGAACUGAGCAACCUUCUUUCGCUGAGGCCAGGUGUGGAUACGCAGCCCCCAAGGAUAAUAGGGUUCGCUGAAGACGAUAAUGUAAUAUUUCUAUGGACAGAUAUUGGUGCUUUCAUGGUCAAUCUUGAGUCAAGGCAGUUUAAGAAACUUACCGUAAGAAUGAGACGCCGACUCCAUCAUCCAUUCAGAAGUUUCUUUCCUGCAGGAAUCUAGGAUUUUUGCUCCUGUCACCGAGAUGCGAAAUUUUUUUAUCCGUGAAGGCACUUUUGUAUGCUGUGGCUUGUGGUGUUUGUCCAUGUUGGAACUGGCCCUACUGAGCAUGUACUAGAAAACUAUGAAGUGGACUUGCAGGAACUAGCUGACUAGUUUGCUAGUACCCUCCAUUGUCAAAUUAUCUGUAGUCGUUACUCAAUUAACACAAUGAUUCUCUUUGCCCCGAUGCUUAACGUCAGCCUGUCAGUCUGCA